AUGAGAAGCGAUAUGGCGUACCGUGGGCUGUCGCAGCAUGUUGAGCUGGACAGGGCUGCGGACCCUAGUGACCGGUAUACCCUCCAGGACCUCAUAGGUGAAGGCACCUAUGGGGAGGUGUACAGUGCUCGCGAUAAGAAAUCCGGAAAACGUGUCGCUGUCAAGAUUCUGGAAAAUAUCGCUGAAAAUAUUGAAGAAAUUGAAGAGGAGUUCCUAGUCUUUCGUGAUCUCUCUAGUCACCCUAAUAUUCCAGAAUUCUUCGGUUUAUUUUUGAAGCGUGGAAUUUCAUCGGAAGAUGAUCAAAUAUGGUUCGUCAUGGAGCUCUGUACUGGAGGCUCAGUCACUGACUUAAGCGCCGGAAUGCGAGCAAGAGCUUCAAGUCUUACAGAACCACAGCUUGCCUAUGUUUUGCGUGGUACUGUGCGGGCACUUACACAUCUACACGCGCAUAGAUGCAUGCAUCGUGACGUCAAAGGACACAACAUUCUUUUAACCGAAAAUGCUGAAGUCAAACUUGUCGAUUUUGGAGUAUCGUCUCACUUGGCUGCCACAAUAGCGAGACGAAACACAUCAGUUGGAACUCCAUAUUGGAUGGCACCCGAAGUGAUAGCAUGUGAACAACAGUUAGAUCAAUCUUAUGACUGUAGAUGUGAUGUAUGGUCAGUUGGCAUAACAGCUAUUGAAUUAGCUGAAGGCGAACCGCCACUAUCUGGACUACAUCCAAUGAGAGCGUUAUUCCAAAUUCCUAGAAAUCCACCACCAAGUUUAUCCCAUCCAGAAAAUUUUUCUCCUCAACUUUCGGAUUUUAUUUCAGAAUGCUUAGUCAAAGAUAUGAAUCAAAGGCCGUUUGCGCGUGAAUUAUUAGAGCACCCAUUACUAUUGGCUGUUAGUAGUUUUGAAGACAGUAUUCGUAAAGAACUUCAAGCUGAAAUAAAAAGACAGCGAGCUGAAGGUCGCAAUUGUCGAGCUGCUGAAGCAACGACGAAACGAGGAAAACUUAAAUCCCAUAGAAAAGCUAAAGCAGAAAAAAUGUAUACUGAUGAUCUUGCUACUCUCGAAGUGCUUACUGAAGAAGCUAUUGUGGAACAACUUCAAAAGAGAUAUGCUCAAAACCAAAUCUAUACCUACAUUGGAGAUAUUUUGGUGGCUGUAAAUCCUUUUACAGAUAUUGGAAUUUAUACGAUUAGGACUCAAGAAUUGUAUCAAGGACGUUGUCGAUCCGAUAACCCACCCCAUAUUUACGCAGUUGCUGAUGCAGCUCACCAAGCUUUGAUGCAUCAAAAACAAAACCAAGCUAUUGUUAUAUCUGGAGAAAGUGGAGCAGGGAAAACUGAAUCUGCAAACCUCAUAUUAAAACAGCUAGUGUACCUAUCAAAAACUCAAAGUGGAAAUUUACAAGACAAAAUCUUGCAAGUAAAUCCAAUAAUGGAAGCGUUUGGAAACGCACGAACUGGAAUUAAUGCUAAUAGUUCACGGUUUGGAAAAUACUUAGAUCUAAAUAUGAUGAAAGUUGGCAAAAUAUCCGGAGCUAGAAUAACCGUGUAUUUACUUGAACAAUCUCGAGUUGUUCAUCAAGCAUUAGGUGAAAGCAAUUUUCACGUUUUCUACUAUCUGUACGAUGGUCUUGAAAGUGAGGGUCGCUGGAGGAAGUUUUAUCUCGAUGAACAAUUAAAGUCGAGACAUCGAUAUUUACAACCACUUUCCGUUGCUCAUCGCGAACAUAACGUUUACCGAUGGAGACAAUUAAAUCAAGCUUUUAAGGUGGUGGGAUUUCACGAAGAGGAAGUACAAGUAUUAUACAAAAUGCUAGCAGCAAUAUUGCACUUGGGAGAUAUAGAGUUCGCGGAAACUGCAGAAGAUAAUUCUGAUAAUAGAGCAACUAUUAUUGACACUGCGCCAUUACAUAGGGCGUCAUGUUUAUUGGGGGUUGAAACCGUCGAUCUUAGAGACUGUUUGACAAGCAGCAGUGUAGUUACGAGAGGAGAGACAAUAAACCGAUAUUGUUCACCGGUAGAGGCGGCUGUAGCCAGAGACGCGACCGCCAGGGGUCUGUAUGCCAGAGCCUUUGAUAGAAUCGUCGAGAGAAUUAAUGCUUUAUUAACUCAUAAUCGACCUCAGAGUAAUGAUCAACUAUCUAUUGGUAUCCUGGAUAUCUUUGGAUUUGAAAACUUUACGAGAAAUUCAUUUGAACAGUUGUGUAUCAACGUCGCAAAUGAGCAAAUCCAGUAUUACUUCAAUCAGCAUAUAUUUACUUGGGAACAGCAGGAAUACAUGGCGGAAGGGGUUCCCGUUGAUCUUGUAGAGUUUUCAGACAACAGACCCGUUUUAGACAUGCUGCUUUCACGACCUAUGGGACUACUCGCUCUUCUGGAUGAAGAGAGCCGGUUUCCACGGUCAACAGAUCGAAGUCUCAUAGAAAAGUUUCACCGCAACAUUAAGAGUAAAUUCUAUGUUCGUCCGAAAUCAGAUGCCAUAUGUUUUGCGAUUCACCAUUUCGCCGGACGUGUUGUGUACCAGGCUGAUGGCUUUCUGGAGAAAAACAGGAACUUUUUACCUCCAGAAGUGGUACAAUUAAUGCGACAGAGCCAGUACGAUGUGAUAAGAUUUCUUUUUCAGUGUCCCAUAACGAAAACGGGCAAUCUCUACUCACCCUUGCAAGGCGAUUUAGAUUCCAGAACAUUGGAUGGACCUACAUCAGGAGAUUUUCGGGAUCGAUUCAACAGUCGAGGUCUCGCAUCACAAUCCCGGGCUCAGCAGACGGUAGCCACUUAUUUCCGAUAUUCUUUGAUGGAACUUCUACAGAAAAUGGUCAGUGGUACGCCUCAGUUCGUCAGGUGUUUAAAGCCAAAUGAUUCCCGAUCGCCAAAACAUUUCGAUUCAGCGAAAAUACUAAAACAAUUGCGUUAUACUGGAGUACUGGAAACCAUAAGGAUCAGACAGAAUGGGUUUUCCCAUAGAUUGACAUACGAAGAAUUUAUCAAAAGAUACGGCUUCUUAGCCUUUAGUUAUAACGAGGAAGUAAAAGCAAAUCGCGAUUCGUGUCGUCUACUUCUGAUACGGCUAAGAAUGGAUGGUUGGGCGUUGGGUAAAUCGAAGGUGUUCCUUAAAUACUAUCAUGUUGAGACUUUAGCGAGAAUUUAUGAAGAACAGAUAAAAAAAGUGGUGCUCGUUCAAGCUCAAGUUCGCGGCUGGUUGGCCAGACAACGGUACCAACGUCUACGCGCUCAGAUGGCGAUAUCAGCAUUGACGUUGCAACGACACGUGCGUGGCUGGCUCACUAGGAAGAGGUUGGAGAAGGAACGACAGAAACUGCUUGCGCGGGAGUUCCAAAGAGAGCAAGAUAAAUCGAGAAAACAAGAAAGAGGUUUGCUGAACAAAAACAAAGCCAUGAUGAAAGCGAAGGCGCUCAAACAAAUGACGUCAGAGGAGAACAAUAACAUCAACAAUAAGGAAAACAUAUCCGAUAAGGCAGCAGUCGUUAUACAAAGUUAUUAUCGCGGCUAUAACACGCGAAGAAAGCUCAAAAAAGGUCAAGCUCCUCCACCACCUAACCAUGCUCCGCCAGCGCCACCUACACAAAAAUUGUCUAACCACUCCGUACAAGAGAGAGCCGCUCAGCUUCAAAUAUUUGCGGAACGGAUCCAUAACAGAAACCAGGAAAUCCACAAGAAUUUACGCAGGAACAAAUCGGGAAUUUGUCUGUCAGACAUUCGAAAACCACCAGAGGAGUACCGUCCGCCUCCAGGAUUUACCUUGGUUCCAGCGAUUAUUAGAGGAAAACCAUCUCACCCAGAAAUAGACGCUAGCAGACUCUCAAGUCCGUCACCAGAGUUCUUGAUGAGUCCUGGUAAACCCUGGAAUAAUGUGUUUUAUGAUGAAGAAAAUAAUGUAAAGCUAUGUAGGCCUAAGAGGUCAAGCAAUCACAGCGACGCUGAAGACAGACCACUUCAAAGCAACCAUAAUAGACAAUUGUCUUGUAAUAGACAGUGUGGUGGUCUUGUCAGUAAUAAAAUAAUAGAGCUGGUGAAAAAGUCACAAAAAUCCGAACCACCUCCACGGCAAGUGUACAGCCCAGCUUACGAUCCAGAAUCAGAUUUGCGUAAGAUUCUUAGAAAUUCCCCAGAAAUGCUCGCAAAACCAAUGUUUAGUUCUGACGAUGACUACGGACCGUUUCGCUUUAAGCAACUGCUACGACCGACGGUUGGACCCACUGAAAGCCUUCGCAAGAGGAAAGUGAAAAACUCAGCCCAAAAUCCCUGGCUCUCGGAUAGUUCACAAGAUAGUAAUAGCUCGAAGGAGUUGUAUAACAAACGGCGACCUCAAAUAAGUAUGGGAGUUUAUUACAAUUAA